UUGAAUAAUUAUAGUAGCAUGAAUGAAGGACGAUUUGGGCAAUUUACUCAAAGAAUAAUCUUCCGCAAGUGAGCCAGAUAAGAUCGAAGAACCUCUUUUUUUGAGUUUAAGCUUUAUCGAUUACUAUCAUUCGUGUUAAUUAUUAAUUAAUAUUAUUAUUGUUUUCCCCAAAUUGUGACUAAACAAAAUCUGUAGCUGUAACCAAGGAAUCAGUUCAAAGCCGGUGGAAAAGAGCUUAUGCAAAGCAAAGCUGCGAAGGUUUGAGUUUAUAAGUAAGUUUCGAUGGCCAACAAGCCUAAACCAAGAUCACGGCAACUGUCUGUUUACCUUUACAUUCCAAAUAUUAUUGGUUAUAUAAGAAUUCUCUUGAAUUGCUAUGCUUUUGCUCGAUGCUUUUCCAGCAAAAGACUUUUUGCUGUUCUUUAUUUCCUAAGCUUUGUUUGUGAUGCUUUGGAUGGUUGGUGUGCUCGCAAAUUCAACCAAGCUUCAACAUUUGGAGCUGUUUUGGACAUGAUGUACAGUACAUUCCUAGUGGGUAAGGCUAGUCAUAAAGAUGUGAAAGACAGUUCCAGUUGGCUUUUCAAGCUCUACUAUGGAAACCGGAUGUUUAUGGGUUUUUGUUGUGUGGCUUGUGAGGUUCUUUACAUAACCUUAUUUCUUAUCGCGAAGAACCAUACUGAGAAUUUGAUGGAUGUUAUAGUGACUACCCUGAAACAGGGUUCGCCUCUUUCCUUUCUAGUUGCUUUAAGUUUACUUGGAUGCUCAAUCAAGCAGGUGAUCAAUUUUAUACAGAUGAAGACAGCAGCAGAUGCAUGUGUGCUUUACGACACUGAAAAAAAACAGAAGCCCUGAUUGAUUUCAAUUUUUUAUGUCAAGAGCAGAGUUUUGUUUCUGGCCUCGAGUGCGUAAUAUUUGACAGUAAGGUGUAGAUGUCGAGACUGGUAACUCGAAUCACUUCUCUGAUGUCCAUAUGGAGAGUGGAAGGUGCAAUUGCAAUAAUAUAAAUUGUUUGGGGUGACAGAGUAUCUUGACAUUUUCUGUUUUUCAAAACAUGGAUGCAAUCAUGCAACUGAUCACAUGGCUUGUGUGCUUUUGCCUUAUCAAAAGCUUGGUGUUGACGAUGAUGAUGAUGUUUUUAACAUGUGGCUCUGUGGCUUAAAUGUGUUAUGUUUACUGACUGCUGGUGUAUGAAUACUGUUUUUCUCAACUUAAAUUUCCUACUGCCUUGUAAA